AUGGCUGCAGACAGCCCAACAACCACAAAGUUUACGGCAUUCAUUCGCCAUUACAAAGAAAAGAUCCUACCUCUACUUGGUGAUGCAGAUAUCGCAGAUCUCCUCGAAGAAGAGGAAUAUCCAGAUAAAUUUUAUCAGUACCAACAAUUGAAUGAUCAACCAACAGGGAUAAAAGCCAAGUUGAAACCUUACCAGCUAGAUGGGGUUUCCUUUCUCUCCUGGUUGAGAAAAAACAAUGCUCACGGCAUCGUUGCCGAUGAGAUGGGACUUGGAAAAACAUUGCAGGUUCUUUCGUUCUUCCAGCAUAUCAUCGACACUGAGAAGGAUGAUGAUAGACCAUUUCUUGUUGUCAGUCCACUUAGUGUCUUGGGCAGUUGGAUGUCCGAAAUCAAAAAGUGGACUGAUAUGAAAGUCGCUCAGUACCACGGCAAUACCGAGAAGAGACAGCAGAUUGGCAGAAUGGUCAGAAACAAAGAGUUUGACAUUGUCCUAAUCACCUACGAAACCGUCGUUUUUGACAUAUUUCGAGUCUCUCGGAUGGCGCAUUGGAAGUCUGUGGUCUGUGACGAAGGUCAUAGACUAAAAAACAGCACCAAGCAAUUAUCCAUCGCGAUCAAAAAGCUCAAAACAGAGCAGCGUCUCAUUUUGACAGGGACUCCCAUUCAAAACGAUCUCACGGAAACCUGGUCAAUGCUGAACUGGCUGUAUCCAGAACUCUUCGUCAACGAGACGAGUGAAUGCUUUAGACAGGCCUUUUCACUUACAGAUGGGAGAGUUGAUCCAGCAUUUCUCCAUCAUGUAAGACGGUUUCUUGAGGUCAUUAUGAUCCGAAGGGUAAAGGAGUCGGCCCAGGCAGACCUCCAACUACCCGAGAAAAAGGAGGUCAUCAUGUACCUGCCUUUAACCGAGAUACAAAAACAUCUUUAUCUUGAUGUUUUGACUGGUGGCGUUGAUCAUGGAGACUCUGAAGACGAUCACAAAAGAGAAAUGCUGGUUCUGGCAACGCCACCGUCCAGUCCGGGCACUGGAAAUUACAAUUCACAUUCUACGACUCUACCUGUGUCAAACCCCACCAAAGGGCGAUCAGUGACAAAUAUUCUUAUGGAUUUGCGGAAAAUUUGCAUCCAUUCCUUGUUUGUGGAAGGCUUCGAGGAGAUCGAUGAUGACACUGACAUCGACGUGGCCAAUCUUAUGCUAGGUUCAUCGAAGUUUAUCUUGCUAAAACGUCUUCUUGAACAAGAAGUGACCAAGGACCGGAAGAAAAUUUUGAUAUUCAGUGGCUUCGACUACGCUCUGAAUUGCUGUGAAGCAUUACUGGCCGCUAUGGGUAUUUCAUGUCUGCGGCUAGAUGGCAAUACAUGUUACUCGCUGAGAAGAUACAACAUUCAUCGGUUUCGGAAUGAAUCUGAAUGUAAAGUCUUCAUUAUGGCCACCCGCGCCGGCGGGGAAGGGAUUACUUUGACAGCUGCUGAGGUUGUUGUAUUUUUGGACAUGGACUGGAAUCCGCAGGUUACUGCACAAGCUGAAGCUCGUGCGUACAGGUUAGGUCAAACCAAGCCAGUUACUAUCUACAAGCUUUGUACAAGCGGUACAGUUGAAGAGUAA